AUGGACAUGUAUUCCUUCAUAGCUGCUGAGCUGGGGGCCUUGGUGUUCAGAGUGAGAUUGCUAUUAGUCAGCCAGACCAACAGUCAGAAAGGAAAGCUGGAUGUGGACAAGAGCAAGAACAAACAGGGACCCACAAGGACAAACUGGAACCUACAUAUAUCUGUCACCACCUUCAGCCUCAUUGCUGUGGGGGACCCGCAGGAGAAGUUUGACGCAUUGAAAGAUGAUGACAGUGGGGACCAUGAUCAGAAUGAAGAAAACAGCACAAAGAAAGAUAGUGAGAAGGAAAAAACAGAGCAAGACAAAAGUCAGGGCAGCAGUAAGAAGAAGGCUGUUGUCCCUGGGCCAGCAGAGCAUCCCCUGCAAUACAACUAUACUUUCUGGUACUCCAGAAGAACCCCCAGCCGUUCUACCAGCUCACAGAGCUAUGAACAGAAUAUCAAACAGAUCGGCACCUUUGCCUCUGUGGAGCAGUUCUGGAGGUUUUAUAGCCACAUGGUACGUCCUGGAGACCUGACAGGCCACAGUGACUUCCAUCUCUUCAAAAAAGGAAUUAAGCCCAUGUGGGAGGAUGAUGCAAAUAAAAAUGGUGGCAAGUGGAUUAUUCAACUGCGGAAGGGCUUGGCAUCCCAUUGCUGGGAGAAUCUCAUCCUGGCCAUGUUGGGGGAACAGUUCAUGGUUGGGGAGAUCUGUGGGGCUAUGGUCUCUGUCUGGUUUCAGGAGGACAUUAUUUCAAUACGGAAUAAGACUGCCAGUGACCUAGCAACCACAGCCCACAUCCGGGAUACGCUUCGGUGAGUGCUUAACCUACCUUCCAACACCAUUAUGGAGCACAAAACCCACACCAACAGCAUCAAAAUGCCAGGCAGUCUGGGCCCCCAAAGGCUCCUUUUUCAAAACUUCUGGAAGCUGCAGUUGAAUGUGCCAUGACCCUCUCCCUCUCUGGAUGGCACCAUCAUUGA